GUGCGCAAGGAGAUCCUCAAGAACGUGAGCGGCAUGUUCGCGCCCGGCAGGAUCACGCUGCUGCUGGGCCAGCCCGGCUCCGGCAAGUCGUCGCUGCUCAAGAUGCUCAGCGGCCGCUUCCCCAUUGAGAAGAACAUCACGGUGGAGGGCGACAUCACCUUCAACAACGUGCAGCGCGAGCAGAUCGUCAAGCGCCUGCCGCAGUUCGUGGCCUACGUGAACCAGCGCGACAAGCACUUCCCCAUGCUGACCGUCAAGGAGACGCUCGAGUUCGCGCACAAGUUCUGCGGCGGCGAGCUGUCGAAGCGCGGCGAGGAGAUGCUGUCCAAGGGCUCUCCGCAGGAGAACCUGGAGGCUCUCGAGGCGGCCAAGGCCGUGUUCGCGCACUACCCGGACAUCAUCAUCCAGCAGCUCGGACUCCAGAACUGCCAGAACACCAUCGUGGGCGACGCCAUGACCCGCGGUGUGUCCGGCGGUGAGCGCAAGCGCGUGACCACCGGCGAGAUGGAGUUCGGCACCAAGUACGUGACGCUCAUGGACGAGAUCAGUACGGGUCUUGACUCUGCGGCCACGUACGAUAUCAUCAACACGCAGCGCAGCGUGGCGCACACGCUCCGCAAGACGGUGGUGGUCGCGCUGCUGCAGCCGUCGCCCGAGGUGUUCGCGCUGUUCGACGACGUGAUGAUCCUGAACGAGGGCCAGGUGAUGUACCAUGGCCCGUGCAGUCGCGUGGAGAACUACUUCGAGAGCCUGGGUUUCUCGUGCCCGCCCGAGCGCGACAUCGCUGACUACCUGCUGGACCUGGGCACGAACGAGCAGUACCGCUACCAGGUGCAGAGCUACCACACGAAGCAGCCCCGCGGCGCCGGCGAGUUCGCCGAGUCCUUCCGACGAUCGAACAUCCACCGCGAGAUGCUCAACCAGCUCGAGGCCCCGCACGAAGCAGACUUGCUGCGCAACGUGGCCGAGGUCAUGGAGCCGACGCCCGCGUUCCACCAGUCGUUCGUGGAGAGCACGCUGACGCUGCUCAAGCGCCAGCUCAUGGUGACGUACCGCAACAAGCCCUUCAUCUUCGGCCGCCUCCUGAUGAUCCUCAUCAUGGGCCUGCUGUUCUGCACGGUCUUCUACGACUUCGACCCGACGCAGGUGUCGGUGGUCAUGGGUGUCAUCUUCUCCACGGUCAUGUUCCUGUCCAUGGGCCAGUCGUCGCAGAUCCCGACGUACAUGGCGGAGCGUGAGAUCUUCUACAAGCAGCGCGGCGCCAACUUCUUCCGCACCACGUCGUACGUGCUGGCCACGUCGGCGAGCCAGAUCCCGUUGGCCGUCGUCGAGACGCUCAUCUUCGGCUCGCUCGUGUACUGGAUCUGCGGGUUCGUGUCGGAAGCCAAGCUGUUCAUCAUCUUCGAGGUCAUCCUGCUGCUGUCGAACCUGGCCAUGGGGAUGUGGUUCUUCUUCCUGUCGGCCAUCGGCCGCAACGGUGACAUCGCGACGCCCCUGGGUAUGGUCUCGGUGCUGGUGUUCGUCAUCUUCGCUGGCUUCAUCGUGACCAAGAGCGAGAUCCCGGACUACCUCAUCUGGGCGCAUUGGAUCAGCCCGAUGACGUGGAGUCUCAAGGCGCUCGCUAUCAACCAGUACCGCUCGGGCCCGAUGGACGUGUGCGUGUACGACGGCGUGGACUACUGCUCCAAGUACGGCCUGAAGAUGGGCGAGUACUACCUGGGUCUGUUCGGCAUGGACACGGAGAAGGAGUGGAUCGUGUACGGCGUCAUCUACACGGCGGCCAUGUACGUGGGGUUCAUGUUCCUGUCGUACCUGGCGCUCGAGUACAUCCGCUACGAAGCCCCCGAGAACGUGGACGUGUCGGAGAAGACGAUCGAGAACGAGUCGUACACGAUGCUGGAAACGCCCAAGACGAAGAACGGAACCGACACUGUGGACGACUACGUCGUCGAGAUGGACACGCGCGAGAAGAACUUCACCCCGGUGACGGUGGCCUUCCAAGACCUGCACUAUUUCGUGCCCGACCCGAAGAACCCGAAGCAAGAGCUCGAGCUGCUCAAGGGCAUUAACGGUUUUGCUGUCCCUGGAUCGAUCACCGCGCUCAUGGGCUCUUCGGGAGCUGGUAAGACGACGCUGAUGGAUGUGAUCGCUGGCCGCAAGACCGGCGGUAAGAUCACGGGCAAGAUCCUGCUGAACGGCUACGAGGCCAACGACCUCGCCAUUCGCCGCUGCACGGGCUACUGCGAGCAGAUGGACGUGCACUCGGAGGCGGCCACCAUUCGCGAGGCCUUGACUUUUAGCUCGUUCCUGCGCCAGGAUGCAUCGAUCCCGGCCGCCAAGAAGUACGACUCGGUGAACGAGUGCAUUGAGUUGCUCGGACUUGAAGACAUUGCCGACCAGAUCAUCCGCGGCAGCUCCGUGGAGCAGAUGAAGCGACUGACGAUCGGUGUGGAGCUUGCUGCCCAGCCGAGUGUGAUUUUCCUGGACGAGCCGACGAGUGGCCUGGACGCGCGCUCCGCCAAGCUGAUCAUGGACGGUGUCCGCAAGGUGGCCAACUCGGGCCGCACUAUUAUCUGUACCAUCCACCAGCCUUCGUCGGAGGUGUUCUACCUGUUCGACAGUCUGCUUCUGCUGAAGCGUGGUGGCGAAACGGUGUUCUACGGCAACCUGGGCAAGAACUGCCGCAACCUGGUGGACUACUUCGAGAGCAUUCCCGGCGUGGCCCCGCUUCCGAAGGGCUACAACCCGGCCACGUGGAUGCUGGAGUGCAUCGGCGCCGGUGUCAGCAGUGCCGCCAACCAGAUCGACUUCGUGGCCAACUUCAACAAGAGCUCGUACCGCCAGGUGCUCGACCGCGAGAUGGCCAAGGAGGGCGUGACGGUGCCGUCGCCCAACCUGCCGGAGAUGGUGUUCGCCAAGAAGCGCGCGGCCACGUCGGCCACGCAGAUGAAGUUCGUGGUGACCCGCUUCUUCCAGAUGUACUGGCGCACGCCGACGUACAACGUGACGCGUAUGGUGCUGGCCAUCUUCUUGGCGUUGCUGUUCGGCAUCGUGUUCGUGAACGCCGAGUACGCGUCGUACUCGGGCCUGAACUCGGGCGUGGGCAUGGUGUACAUGGCGUCGCUGUUCCUGUCGAUGACGGCGUUCCAGAGCGUGCUGCCGCUGACGUCCUCGGAGCGCGCCUCUUUUUACAGGGAGCGCGCGAGCCAGACGUAUAAUGCGUUCUGGUACUUCCUGGGCUCGACGCUGGCCGAGCUGCCGUACUGCUUCGUGCUGGGCGCGCUCUUCACGCUGGUGUUCUACCCCAUGGUGGGCUUCACGGACGUGGGCGUGGCCUUCAUCUUCUGGCUGGCCAUCUCGCUCAGCGUGCUCAUGCAGGUGUACAUGGGCCAAAUGUUCUCGUACGCGAUGCCGUCGGAGGAGGUGGCGGCCAUCAUCGGCCUGCUGUUCAACGCCGUCUUCAUGACGUUCAUGGGCUUCAGUCCGCCGGCCUACGCGAUCCCGUCGGGCUACAUAUGGCUGUACAAGAUCUCGCCGCUGCGGUUCCCGGUGUCGAUCCUGGUGGCGCUGAUCUUCUCGGACUGCGACGACCUGCCGACGUGGGAUGAGGCCUCGCAGGCGUACACGAACGUGGGCUCGAAGCUGGGCUGCCAGCCGAUGGCGGACGCGCCGGUGACCGUGGGCCACAUCACCAUCAAGGAGUACACGGAGGAGUACUUCGGCAUGAAGCACGACACGAUCACGCCCUACUUCUUCGUGCUCAUCGGCUUCAUCGUGCUGUUCCGCGUGCUGGCGCUGAUCUCGCUGCGCUACAUCAACCACCAGAAGCGGUAGAUAGAUCGCUGCAAACUAGAAACUGGAGGCCGGCUAUUAUGAGCUGGUCACCCUUGUAUAUUUCUGCAUUUCGAAUCCUCAAAUACAACAAAUAUUGUAAACCAU